AUGGCCGCCAUGACAGCCGGCCUGUCCGCCAUCCUGCUGCACCAAGUGUGGUGCUGGGGCAAGGGGCGGGUGCUGCCCGGCUCGGUGCUGGCGCUUGCCGCGGCUCGGGUGGCCUCGGCCGCGGGGCUGUUGUGCAGCUUGGGCGCGAUCUUCAUGGCGCGGUACACCCAGGGCCACGAGGGCUUUGUGAUGACCGGCUACAUUGUGUGA